GGCGUGAGGGAAGGGGAGGAUGAAGGGGAGUUUAUGGCAAUGCAUUGGCCAUUGCCGGCUUUGCAGGAGAAGGGGAGUGGGGUUCGGAGACAGAGGGAUGCCGGUGGAAGGGAAUGAGGAUGGGGUGGUGGACGGUGGACGGUGGACGGUGGACGGUGGACGGUGGACGAUGAAGUGUGGGAUUGGUAAUUUGGUAGGCAGAAGAAUAAUGCGCUCGGUUCGGGCUAAAAUUAUGUUGAUAAAGUCCCCGCUGGAUCCACUCUAAUGUAAAGAAUAUUCUAACACGCCGCCAUUGAUUCAAAUUCGACGCAGCACCUCCCGGCCCCUUGCCCACUCGUAGCUUAGCUCCAAUCGAGCCCGCAUCCUCUCGUUCCUUCCCCUACGCGAUUAUCUUACGCGCGCGAUUUUCGAGGCGCCUCAAAAGUCGCGGUUUUCCUUUCGUCUCUGCUUUCCUGAAGGCAAGGUGCGUUCGCUGAAAAGGCGCAAAUAACUCGGGAUUCUCACGGGCAUUAAUGGCGGCGUCCGUGCCGGCGCCCUUGCACCUCUACCGCCGCAUCCUGCGCCUGGCUCGGCGCCUCCCCGCGGAUGCACGGCCGUACUACGCGCAGUACGCGCGCGAGAACUUCGCGGCGUUCCGCGACGAGAGCGACGCGGAUCGCGCGGCGGAGAUGACGCGGCGGGGCGCGGAGCACACCAAGUGGGUGGCGCGGAAGUUCAAGAUGGAUGAGCAAGUGGUGGCAAAGGUGAUGGAGGGAGUGUGAUGUGAUGCGAAUGCUGCACGGUAAGUCAGCCAGUCGCAAUGAACAGAGAAGAGAAUAGAACAGCAGUCAGAUAAGGGACUUUAGUGUCAAAUGUAACUUAGGUUGUUACUGUAGACUAUACUGGAUUGUGCCUUAGAGGGUACAACACCCUAGUCUAUAUAUCCUUGUACACACACA